GUAACACGUUUUGUUACUUCCUGUUGACGCAGGGUCCGUUCCGCAAAUCGUCCGCUGUUCUGGUUCAGAAGGCCAAAUAGCGACAUUUCGCUUCUAAGACAUCAUGGCUGCAACAUUGCGUCUACUUUACUGUGUGUCGAGGCCAGGCACAUUUGUGACCAGCCAGAAUCUAGUGAGGUCCUUCAGCGUCUCUACACAAAGGGGGGGGUUCAAGUAUGUCAAUGCCCAGGAGGUCCCUACAGAUAUGAAGUCCAUCACAGACCGAGCUGCUCAGACACUGCUGUGGACAGAGCUCUUCAGAGGUCUGGGCAUGACCAUGAGCUACCUGUUCAGAGAGCCCGCCACCAUCAACUACCCAUUUGAGAAGGGACCGCUGUCACCUCGCUUCAGAGGAGAGCACGCCCUGCGCAGGUAUCCUUCAGGAGAGGAGCGCUGCAUCGCCUGCAAGCUGUGUGAAGCCAUCUGCCCCGCCCAGGCCAUCACCAUUGAAGCUGAGACUCGCGCCGACGGCAGCAGGAGGACGACUCGCUACGACAUCGACAUGACCAAAUGCAUCUACUGCGGCUUCUGUCAGGAGGCAUGUCCUGUGGACGCCAUCGUAGAGGGUCCUAACUUUGAGUUUUCCACUGAAACCCAUGAAGAGCUGCUCUACAACAAGGAGAAGCUCCUCAACAACGGAGACAAAUGGGAAGCAGAGAUAGCUGCCAACAUACAGGCUGAUUACCUCUACCGAUAGUCACCACACGCACAGACUCUGUUCAUACCUGGCACUAACAUGUCUCAUGGGUGAUGCAAUUACAAGUGGACAAGCUCUAAGUACGGGAUGUGUGGUGAUCUGGUUGCUUGGACCACAUUCGUUGGUGGUCUGGGACGCUUUUUUUUUUUUUUUUAGCAGUCUGAGCAAGACAUUGGGCCACAUUGAAGGACCACCUGCUCAACUGGUGUCCACCGCAGACAGGCACUGACAAUUGACCUGUCUGUCACAGUGAGACCGGCUACAAACAACAACACAUUUGGUCUUUGCAAACAGAAAUGACGUAUAAAGAGUGGGGAAGUGACGUUCAAUCACAAGAGGUCACUCGAGAGGCACCUGACGUACAGAGCCGUCCAUUUGUGAUCAGAUCACCCAAGAUGGAUGUUAACGCCACGUAUGAACAAAGCACACAUACAGACACAGUGUACAGUUAGCACUUACCACCAUAACCUCUGUGACAUACACACACACACAUACGUCCAUACUGUACAUACUGAGAGAAGACAGCCUCAGCUGUGAUGGAUGUGUAUUUGAUGAUGGAUCCUUUGUUUCAAACCAAACAUCAAUGUCAUCCUCUUCUGAUUCUAAUUUUUCACGUCUCUGAUUUUUACCCUGGCAUUGUUUGGAUUACAUAUUUAUUGUAGAGCGAUGAAUCCUACGCUGGCUGUCUGUGAGACAGCAUGGACCAGUGUGUGAUCAUCAGUCUCACUGGACUAACAGGCAUGCUGAGUCAUGUUGUGACAGUACAGAUGCUGUACUCUGAUGGCAGAUUUCAUCCUGCUUUGAUUCUGAUGUCCCACAUUACCAUACAUGGAUUAUUGUAUCUUGGGUGUCAGUGCAUAGUUAUGAUCUUCAUGCUGUUUCCACCCUGACUCAAAUAAUAAAAUUCUGGGAGGAACACUGAA